AUGCCUGGCCGAGUUUCCGCCCGUUCGACCUCUGCGCCGACACGCAGGUCAUCGGCUCAGCCCUCAGCAUCGGGAGGUCGCGCCGCCUCUGUGACCCCGUCCUUUGUGAUUCCAGAGGAACCUGCUCCGCCCGAAGCAUCGCCUAACCUACGUCGCGACGUUUGUGUGAUUUUUGCUGACGCCCAGCGUUCAACGACCGGUCACCGAAAACUUGUGGUGCGGUUAAGGAAGCUGCAGGAGAUUUGCUGCGGAAUUUCUGCGAAGAAGACCAAGAAGGAUGGAAAGGGCCCUGAGGUUCAGGAAGAACUUUUACUGCCGAGCGAAGAAACCAUUCCGGAGAAGGAGUUCAACGUAGAGGUUGGUCGCUGCUUGCUGCGCAUACUCCCGAUCAAAAAGACCGAGCCGGUUGGCGAUCGAAUUCUGCGGUUUGUUGGAACUUUCCUCUCUCACGCGACUGAGAAAGAUACCGAAAUCUUCGCUUCCGGAAAUGACGAGGAUGACAUGCAAAAUAUCAUCGAGACCCCAACUGCCCGUCUGGCGACUCAUCUAAUCAGCGUUGUUGUGCCGUUGUUGUCGGCAAAGGAUAAGAUCGUGCGUUUUCGCGCGACACAAAUUGUCACCCACAUUGUCAAUUCUCUUGAAACAAUCGAUGAUGAUCUCUACCAUACCAUUCGACAAGGACUGUUGAAACGGAUUCGAGACAAGGAGCCCUCAGUGAGGGUACAAGCGGUGCUGGGACUCGGGCGCCUGGCAGGAAACGAAGAAGAAGAUGACGACGAUAACGACGAUAGUUCCAAAGCCCUCCUCGAAAAGCUCAUCGACAUUAUGCAGAAUGACACAAGUGCUGAAGUACGGAAGACCUUGUUGCUCAAUCUGCCUCUAGUGCCCGCGACUCUCCCUUAUCUGCUCGAACGUGCUCGAGAUCUCGAAGCAACUACCCGCCGAGCCUUAUACUUCCGCUUACUUCCCACCCUGGGUGACUUCCGUCAUUUGUCGCUUUCAAUGAGAGAGAAACUUCUUCGCUGGGGCCUUCGAGACCGAGAUGAAAGUGUUCGAAAGGCCACUGGAAAGCUGUUCUACGACCGCUGGGUUGAAGACUGCGCUGGCACAAACAACGAUUCCGAAAAUGGUCCUUCCACCCAGCGCUCCCCCCCAAACAUCCCGGCACUGCUGGAGUUGUUGGAAAGAAUUGAUGUCGUCAGCUCUGGGAUGGAUUCCGGAAUCGCGCACGAGGCCAUGCGUAGCUUCUGGGAGGGCCGCCCCGACUAUCGAGAGGCGGUUGUUUUUGAUGAGCCGUUCUGGGAAUCCUUGACGGCCGAGUCAGCUUUUCUCCUACGAUCCUUUAAUGACUUCUGCCGUGUCGAGAACGAAGGAAAGUUCGAUAGUCUCGCCGACGAGAAGAUACCUGAGGUGACAGCCUUCGCGCAUUUUUUGAAAAAAUACAUGACCGAGCUCCUGCAGAGGAAGAAAAUGGCCAAGGAUACUAGUGAAGCAAACGAUGACGACACCGUUGAGAACGAAUUUAUCGUUGAACAACUAUUACAUAUCGCCAUCACGCUGGACUACAGUGACGAGGUCGGCCGCCGGAAAAUGUUCUCUCUCCUUCGCGAGUCGCUAGCCGUGCCCGAGCUACCUGAAGAGUGUACCAAACUCACUGUCGAGACUUUGAGAUGUGUGUGCGGACCAGCGGCUGCAGCCGAGAGCGAAUUCUGCAGUGUCGUCCUCGAAGCUAUUGCCGAAGUCCACGACACUAUUGUGACCGAAGAUAGUUUUGUUUCGGCCAAGUCUGAAAUCAGCGAUGCAACCUCCAGCCGCCAACGGUCUGAGACCCCGGCAGACAGUGAAGCUGAAGUGCCCUUCAAUAAGGAGGAGGCAAAGGCUAAAGUUCUGCGCGAGAUCGUGGUCAAUAUGAAAUGUCUGCAUAUUGCCCAAUGUAUGUUGCAAAAUGUGGAAGGCAAUCUGCAACAGAACAUGAACCUGGUUACUAUGCUCAACAAUUUGGUCGUUCCAGCGGUUCGAAGCCACGAGGCCCCGAUCCGUGAAAGAGGUCUAGUGUGCCUUGGUCUCUGCUGCUUGUUGGACAAGGUGAGUUUUCUAUAUAUUGACAUAUUUUUCCAGCAAAGUGCUGACCAUUACUUCCCCCGUCCCCAGACUCUCGCCGAAGAGAAUAUGACGCUCUUCAUCCACUGUUAUAGCAAAGGCCAUGAAGCUCUGCAGGUCACCGCUUUACAUAUCUUAUGUGAUAUGAUAACGACGCACCCCUCGCUACUCGCCCCUGUCCCACAGUCUGACGGGGAAACCGUUUCCCCACCAGCAUUCCAGAAGCCACUGCUCAAGGUCUUUGCAAGAGCCCUGAAGGCUAGCUCUCCGAACAGUGUCCAGGCCGCUGCCGCCACCGGCCUUUCAAAGUUGUUGCUCACGAACACUUUUACGCCGUCUGGAGCAAACAUCCCACAGGCCAUUCAGGAGUACAACGAGUCCGCUGUGGAGACCCUCUUGCAAUCGCUCAUUGUGUCUUUCUUCCACCCACGUACUCGGGAGAACCCGGCCUUUAGACAAGCGUUGGCCUAUUUCUUCCCUGUUUACUGCCAUUCCCGCUUGGAGAAUACCCAGCACAUACGAAAGGUGACCGUUCCCGUUAUCCGUGCGGUUCUCAAUGCGGCGGAGGAGUACUACUCCCUAGAAGCCGAGGAAGAUAGUGAUGGCGAGAUUGAUGAGACUGUUGGACAGAGGGAGCUGAAAGCCCUGAUGGCAGGUGUCGUGGGCAUGCUUGCGGAAUGGACGGAUGAGCGGAGAGUGGUGGGCCUGGGAGGAGAGAAGAUUCUUGCGGGCGUUCCGACGAGCUCCAGCCCCUGUGGAUUCGUACACUUGGCCCUGGUGAAAGAUAUUCUGGAGCGCGUUCUGGGAAUCAGCACCGGUCCCAACCGGUGCUCCAAGGAAGAAAAGAAGCUUCUAUUCUCAUUGUUGAGCAAGCUUUAUAUCUCGCCUCCUGUGGUACCAUCGCGAUCUGGGUCUAGGAUGCCCGAAGGCGAUGAUCAAUUCCGCUCCAGCACCCAGAGUGCCAGUGGGGGCGAAAUCUCCCCUGAGAAUGUGGCUCUUGCCCAGGAAGUCAAGGAAUUACUGGACGAAACCAUCCAAGAGGGUGUCGCGGCCGAAGCAGCGGGUCGAAAUGCGCUUGUGAAGGUCAAGAAUGCUGUUCUCAAGCUUCUCGCAGCUGCGCAGGGCACCAGGUCCGACAGUGUCAGGCCGCGCGAAGGCACCGAGGAACCCGAAAGUGAUGCCAUGAGCAUCCGCUCUGGCAGUGUCCGGCCAUCCAUAGAGCACCCAGGCAAACGCCGGCGGAUGUUCUCAGUAGAACCCAGCAUUAAGGAGGAGGAUGAGAACGAUGACAGUCGAGGAACGAUCAUCAAGUCUGAAGCUCAUGACGACUGA